AUGACAUUGACAGAACUCAAAGACAACCCUCAGCAAGGAGAAGAUUCAUUGGAUUGCGGACUUUUUGUAAUGUACACAAUGGAGAAAAUUUCGAACAAAGGGACAGUUCCAAAGAAGCUCACAAAGGAUGAUAUUUUGAAAUUUAGAGCUCAUGUGGUAAAGUCAUUUGCAGAGAGAUUUUUUAAAAAAGUUCGAGGAAUGGCCGAACUAAAAAGAAAACAAAGUGAGGAAUCCAGAGAAGAACAAUCUGAAGAACAAAGUUCAGAAGAAACAAUUGCGGAAAAGUUAAAACAGAUAAAACGGAAUAAAGUAAAUGAGAGAAAAAGGCGAAAGCAGAAAACUGAAGAUGAAGAAGAAUCAAGUGAAGAUGAGGAAGAAACAACUAAAGUUGAAGAAGAAUCUAAUGAAGAACAAGUCCGGGAAAACAAAAAUAACCUGACUGAAGGGACUUUAGAGCUGCUGCAGAAAACUCCCUCUGCAACACUGUUAGAUGCAUUCCAUGGAGGUUCAAUUAAAGAAAAGGAUACAAAGAAAUCAGAUGAUUUAAUCACACUUCUGCUACAAGCAUACGACAGCGACACAGACCUUUUUGUGUUUGGAAACAGGAAAUUCAGAAUGUCAACAAGUGAUAUAUCUAUGAUUUUAGGAGUGCCGGGAUCCGGGUUAUCAAUACCAAAGACCAAAGAAGGGGCAUACAAAUCUGAGUUCGUGACUAAAUACUUUGACAAAAAGCAGAGGAUCAACAAGGCGGCUGCAGAGGAAGCUUUGAAGAAGGCAUUGGCAGAAACUCCAGAAACAGGGGAAGAAAAAACAAAACGGGACAGAAAUGUUGCCGUAACUUGCCAGGUCACUGUUGAUGUUACUGUCAAGUUUAUGUCACUGACAAUGUCACUGGUUCCAACUGCUCAGGUCACUGAGCAAGUCAUUGACUAUGUCACUGCUCAUGUUAUUGUUAUAUUUUGA